AUGCUCCGGUCGACGCUGCGGAAGAUGCAUCCCUUCCUCGCCGCCGCUGGCGUGGUCGACGUGAUCCUCGUCUCCAUCAUGCUGCCUUCGUGGAACGUCGUGCUCCUGCGCGUGGCUGCGAUCUUGCUCGGGCUCGUAGCCUACACCAUCCUCACGAAGGAAGCGCCCCCGACGCGCGAGGUCUGCACGCUCCUCUCGCUCGCGUCCGAGCAUCAUGCCAUGUACGAAGACGACGACGACGACGACCUCCAGGAGUCACCUCGACAAAGCGGCUUCGAGUGGCAGCCGCAAGGCUUUGGUCGCAUCGAGCCGGGCUGCCGGCCGCGCCCGACCCCCAACGCCGACGAGUUUGGUUCCCCGAUGAUGAAGCGCAACAGCAAGAGCUUCGAGAUUGAGGAUGAGGAAGACGACGAUUCGAGCCCCGAUUCGUCGCCCAUCCGCCGCCACAAUGGCAGCACGGCCGUCCGGCAACUCGUGGACUUCGACACGUAG